AUGUUCACUUUUCUUGCCAUCCAAAUAGAUCGCAGUCAGAUCGAGCGCAUGGUCGGCGAUCUUGAGAAGGCCCCGCCGCCUCCAGUCGACGCGCCACCAGCCCCUCAGUUGCCGUACUGGUUCACCACUGAGUGUCGCAACAAUCUAGUGAACUGCGACGUGCCUGCGAUGGCUGUUCCAAGUGCUCCGUCGCCAAUUCCGCCGCCACUUCCGAUGCCUGACCUCAAGCAACAACUCAAGGCGCAGCUCGAAUAUUAUUUCUCAAGGUGA